GACCCUCCUGACGUCACCCAACAACACUGAAGAUGGCGGCGGUGCUCGGCUCCCUCGUUGCGUACGGCAGCGAUUCCGAUUCGGAAAAUGAACCUGAGUCCAGCACGAGCCCGGAGAAAACACACCCGGACGCAGUGGCGCAUCUCCAGCCUCUGAAAUCCGACAGAACGACGAGUCUGGCUGUUCUCAAUUCAGCGCCCGAGGUCGCUGUGAAGGAAGAUGUUGAGACAGGCACACAUUUGGAUCCCUCACUUAAAGAGGUCAGCUACAACCCUACAUAUGACACCAUGUUUGCACCUGAGUUUGGUCCAGUUAAUCCAUUCAAGACACAGCAAAUGGCUGCGCCGAGGAACAUGCUCUCCGGUUAUGCUGAGCCUGCUCAUGUUAACGACUUCAUGUUCGAACAACAGAGAAGAACGUUUUCCACAUUCGGCUAUGCAUUGGACCCAUCUGUGGACAACAGUCAGCUCUCUUCAAACAGUUAUAUUGGAGCAGUGGAUGAGGCAGAGAAAAAAAAAGGUCUGACUGUUUUUGAAGCUGGCCCAAAGAAGGGAGAGAAGAGGAAGAAGGUAAAAGGAGGGGAUGCAUCGGAGAUUGACAGCUUCUUGGGACCCUGGGCCAAAUAUCAGGAUGAAAAGGAUGUUACCAAACCCUCAGAGGAGGAGCAAAAAGAGUUGGAUGAAAUUAUAGCAAAGAGACAAAAGAAAGGAAGGAAUGAGGAAGAAGCACCUGCAGAGGAGAAGACCAUUCUACACGUUAAAGAAGCUUACGACUACCAAGGCCGGUCUUACCUGCACAUUCCACAGGAUGUGGGUAUUAAUCUGCGCUCAGCAGACAUACCAGAGAAGUGCUAUCUGCCCAAAAAGCAACUGCAUGUCUGGACGGGACAUACAAAGGGCGUCAGUGCUAUUCGCUUGUUUCCUGUGUCUGGUCACCUGCUGCUUUCUAGUUCUAUGGACUGCAAGAUCAAGCUGUGGGAGGUGUACAGUGACCGGAGAUGCCUACGGACAUUUAUUGGUCACAGUAAGGCAGUGCGUGAUAUCUGUUUCAAUAACUCCGGUACUCAGUUCCUCAGUGCUGCUUAUGAUCGCUAUCUCAAAUUGUGGGAUUCCGAGACUGGUCAGUGCAUCUCCCGGUUCACAAACCGAAAAGUCCCCUACUGUGUAAAGUUCAAUCCAGAUGAAGACAAACAAAACCUGUUUGUUGCUGGAAUGUCAGACAAGAAGAUUGUGCAGUUUGACAUCCGCUCAGGGGAGGUGGUUCAGGAAUAUGACCGUCACUUGGGAGCUGUCAAUACAAUCACGUUUGUGGAUGAAAACCGGCGCUUUGUCAGCACCUCUGAUGAUAAGAGUCUGCGUGUGUGGGAAUGGGACAUUCCUGUAGACUUCAAAUACAUUGCAGAGCCCAGUAUGCAUUCAAUGCCUGCUGUGACGCUUUCACCCAAUGGUAAAUGGCUGGCUUGUCAGUCCAUGGAUAAUCAGAUCCUUAUAUUUGGGGCUCAGAACCGGUUCAGGCUGAACAAAAAGAAGAUCUUUAAGGGUCACAUGGUGGCUGGAUACGCCUGCCAGGUGGACUUUUCUCCAGAUAUGAGUUACGUGGUGUCUGGUGAUGCUGAUGGGAAGCUAAAUAUCUGGGACUGGAAGACCACCAAGCUCUACCACCGAAUCAAAGCUCAUGACAAAGUGUGCAUCAGUGCUCUCUGGCAUCCCCACGAAACUUCCAAGGUCAUCACCUGCGGCUGGGACGGACAGAUCAAACUGUGGGACUAAAAGAAGACUGUGAGAGAGUUGGAAAGUGGAACAAAGAGCCUGAACAGCAUCUUUUUGCCAACUCAUCAUGUUUAAUGCUUGGCAUUGUACUCUACUCGUCCUGCAGCCCAUUUGCCCUCCCUUGGCUUGCCCUUCUCAGGAUGUUUGGUAUUGGCUUUGUACAAAGACUAAAGUUUUAAAGGUUAUGGGCUGGCAUCCAGCCCCAACUUCUAGUUCAUUUUUUAUUAUAGACUUUCUCCGAGCUUGGAGAUCUACUUUCCUGAGAGGUUCAAGUCUUUAAUCUUCAUUGAACAAGUCUGAUCCAGAUAAUCAGUCCAGUUGUUGGUUAGAUUUGGUCUCAGACAGAAUGCUGUAAAAGAGUAGAUCUCCAGUUCCUGCCCACUGCACUAUUCUAUUGUACACUAGCAGUGAAAGAUAGGAACUUUGUGAUUUUUCUUUCAUUAUUAAUGAUGUUAUUGAGUACUGAGGCAAUGUUUUUCAGUUUUAACAGAUUCUUCAGUUUGUCAUCAGAUGUCUCUUUCUGAAGAUAAUAAAACAUUUUAUAAAUUU